AUGAGUUAUUUUUCUUUGUCGCCUUCAAGUGAAAUACUUUCUAAUCAAAGUAAGGUGUAAAGUAUCGAUAAUUUUGAAAAUUUUGUUCGAUCUAAAAGAGAGAGAGAUAAAACUAUUGAUACUAAGUAAGUUAAGGAAUUCAGAGUUAUUGCCAAAUUUCUAUAAAAAUAUGAAAUUUAUGUUUAGAUGCUUCUUGGGAGAUAGUUAACUCAUAAAGAUGAAAUAAAAUUAAGUUAGAAAUGGAGUGAAAAUAUUGAUAGUUUUAAUGAUUAGAUGUUACCAGAUGCUAUAUUAAGGUAUUCACUUUUAUAUUAAAUUUAGAUUUCCUAAUCCUGAUUUUAAAUAAUGUGAUUCAUAUGAUACAAUGACAGCAUUAGAAUCAAUGUUAUUCAUUGAAAGAAUUUUGAAAUUAGAUAGAAAUAAUAUUGAAAACAAAAUAUUUUUUAAAGCAAUAGAAGGAGUUUUGACAAAUCUUGAUCCAAACAAAAAUUUAAAGGUAAGAUUUGCAUUUACUUAAAACUCAUAAUUAAAAGCUACUCAUUAAGAUUUAUAUUUAUUAGAUAACAUUCAUUAAUAAAUUAGUGAAAAUAAUGAACCAAUAUAUGAGACUAUUCAAAAAAAAUAAACAGAUAAUUAAAAUACUAAUCAAUAGAGAUUUGAUAAAAUGAAUAAAUUAACUUCAAAUUUUAAAGAGUUAUUGAAUAAAUCUGAAUAAAUAGCUAAUAUUAGAUAAAAAUUAAAUGAACUAUUGGAUGUGGAUUAUAAUAUUUUAAAAAGGAUUACACCAAGAAAAAUGAAAAAUGGUGGUUUUUUAACUUUUUCAAAUGGAAAAUGGUCUCGAACUCAAUAAGAUACAGCAGACUUUCUUACUUUAAUGAGAAAUAUUAUAGUUGUUUAAUUAAUAUUAACUGGAUAUAAUGUAUACAAUUCAAUUUCAGAGGAUGGAAAAUAUAUAUUUUGUAAAUUAUAUGCUACUGAAGAAAAUCUUAAAACGAUGGCUGAAAAAUAAAAAAUGAAAAAAAAGUUAAAUUUUUGUUUUUCUGAUUUAUUUUCUUUAGAACCAGUGGAUACAAGUUUUAGACCUUUAAGAUUAAAUAAUAGAUUAUGGAAACCAGAUGAUUAUGAUGAUUUAAGUGAUAUGUUUCUUUAUUUAAGACCUAAGAUAAUUCAUUUAAUUUAAGAUAUAAAUUUUAAAAGAGUUGCUAGGGAAGUAAAUUAAAGUAGAAUAAGCAAUUAAUUAUUUUAAUAUGGUAAAAUGGAUAUUUAAGAUGAUGAUGAACAUCCUACGGAUGUAUAAUGGUUUGCAUAUUAUUAGUAUCUGGUUCAUCUUGAAAAAGAAUUAAGAAGUAUUAGAAUAAAGAAUGCAAUUAAUAGUGAUAUAGCAGCUUUAAUAAAUAAAUAAUUAACUCCUUACGAAUUAUACAUAAUCAGAAAUAGUAAAAAUGAAUAAGUAAAAAAAUUAACCAAAUAAAACAUCAAGGAUAAAUAAAAUUGGUUUCAUUAAUAAGAAAUUAAAAAAAUAUAAGAGAAUGUAUUUUAGGUUAUUUAAGAAUAUUCAAGAUUUCUUGUUAAUACUGAUAAAAUAACAACUAAAUUAAUAAAACUAUUUAAAAAAGAAAGAUUAGCAUAAAAAUAUUUUAGAAUAUUUGAAGAAGCCUUAAAAGUAGCUAAUACAGAUGGAAAGGUACUAUUUAAUUUUUGGGAUUUAAUACAUUUUGAAAGAUUAGAUUCAUAUGUUAUUUUCACAAAACCAACUAAAACUUGUUCUACAACAAUGAAAUAUUAACAUAAGAUGUGUUGGUGUAAAUAUUAAAUUAAUGAAGAAAAAAAAAUAUCAUUGUUUUCUUCUUCAGAACGUUUAAAAUUAGUAGAAUAAUCUAUAAAUUCAUUAUUUUAGAUGAAUGAUUUAAUAAGUAAAAAGAUUGUAUCAUCUUUAUUUUGUGUAAAUGAUCAUUUUGAAUUAUUUGGACAUUAGACUAUUUAAUAAUAAGAUAUUUUAGAAGAAGAUUUUUAUAGAAAGAAAAUGUAUCAUUUAGAAUUUGAAUGGGCAUUCAAUAUAACUAAACCUUGGAGUACUCCUAUUAAUUAAAUUUGUGAAUACUAUGGUGAAAAAAUAGGUCUCUAUUUUUACUACACAACUUAUUAUACUUAAAUGUUACUGAAGAUAGCUUUUAUUGCUUUGGCAUGCAAUUUAAUUUAAUGGGUUAUAUAAGAUAGUGAAAGUGAUCUUUAUUAUUUAUUAAGAAUAAUAUUUGCAUUUCUAUAAAUCUAAUGGACAAAUUUAUUUGUUGUACUAUGGUAAAAGAAACAGUUGAUUUUUAAUAUUUAAUUUGGUUAAUCAGGAAAAGAAGAAAUCUCUAAAUAAAGAAGCAAUUUUAUUGGAAGUUAUAAACGAUCUAUAGAAAAUGAUUAUAUGAAUUCGAUAGGAAUUAAUUAAUUAGAACUAUUUACAAGAACAUUCUUUGCAACUUCUACAUUAUUAUUUAUUAUUGGAUUAUAUGCAGCAAUAAUGAUUGGUCUAUACAUACUUACAACUACUUUAAAGGCAUAAUUUUAAAAUAAUAAAUCAUUAGAAAGUGGAUUUUUUGAAAUUCUUGUCACAGCUUCUAUAAAUAUUGUUAUUAUUUAAUGUUUAGAUAAAGUUUAUGAUAUAAUUGCAAUUCAUUUAACAGAUUUUGAAAAUUAAAAAUCUGUUAAGGAUUAUGAAGAAAGUUUUAUUGUGAAAAAAUACAUUUUAUAUUUUGUUUCUUAUGUAGGACCUUUAAUUGUAAUUGCAUUCUUAAAUGGACCUUUUGAUUUAUAUUGUAAAGAAACAAAUUGUUCAGAUCAUGUUUAAUAUCAUUUUGCAACAAUGAUUAUUUGGGUUUUUGUAUUCAAGACAUUCAAAAUUAUGAAAUUACUUUAUUAUGUUAAGAAGAUUCCAAUUUUUAAAUAUACUUUUGAUAAUAUUGAUAUUAAUAAAUAUAUAGAGGAAUAAUCAAAUAGAUAAUCUUAUGCUAAAAGUUAAGAAAGAUAUGGUACUUUAGAAGAUUAUAUGGAAAUAUUUUUACAAAAUACUUUAUUAUCUAUUUUUGGUUAUACAUUUCCUUUUAGUUUCUUUUUACUUUGGGUUUAAAAUAUAGCUCAAAUGCAAGCAGAUAAAGCUAAAUUUAUUUAUUAUCUUUAGAGACCUUGGCCUUAAAAUAAUUCAACUUUAGGAGUUUGGAAUAGUAUUUUAGAACUUAUUAAUUAUGUUUGCAUUCUAACUAAUACAGGUUAAAUGAUUAUUGAUUAUAGUUUAAAGUAUGGAAAUGAAUUAAUAUUAAUUUAUUUAACAUUUCUAAUUAGUAAUUUCAUGAUGAAUUUUAUUAUAAAUGGAAUUUUUGGAUAGAUUCCUUUUGAAUUAGGUUUGUUUUUAAAAAGAUAAAAAUAUUUAAUUAAAAGUACUAUUGAAUAAUUUUAAAAAACUUAGGCUAAGGCUCAGAUGAAAAGCCAAGAGAAUUUAAAGAAAUUUCCUUUAUUUAAAGUUUUCGGCUCAUCAAAUAUUCAAAUUAAAGGAGAUUUUGAAACCAUAAGUUCGGAAGAUGAACUGCUAGAUCAUUUUGAUCUUAAUUAUAUGGAGAAAUUUUGUGAAUUAUCAAAAAAGGAUAAAUUAAAAUCAAAUAAAGCUAUAGAUAAUAAUUAAUGUAGAUCUACAAAAGUUAUUGAUAAUAAUAAUUAAAUAAAAUCAACAAAAUAUUUAGAAAAUAAUUAAAAAAGAAGAACAGUUUAAGGAUCUUCUACAAAAAUUCCUUUAGAAUCUCUUUAAAAAAUACCUCUAGGAUCUUUUCAAAAAAUUUAAGAAUCUAAAAAAAAUCUAAGUAUUGCAUUUGAAGAAAAAUACUCAAAGUAGAAAAUAUGUAAAGAGGAUAAAGAAAAUAAAAAAGAAUAAAAAUAAAAUGUAAAUAGAUAAUUAAGUUCACUUUUUGAUUAAGUUAUGUAAUAAUAAACAAUUUCAAAAUAUUUUUAGCGAAGAAAAAACAAUUAAAUUUUCGAAAUAAAAAAAUGGAAAAGAUAAGACAAGAAAAAGUUAUAUUCAGCUUAAGAAUUUUUAUAUUAAAAAAUUCUAUUAAACAACCAUAAAUUAAUUUGGUCUGAUCUAAGAAUUGCUUGUAGAUAUGUGUAUAUGAAAAGAAAAACAUUAUAUUUUAGAAAUCUUGAUUUUAGAAAAUUAAAAAUAUUUAAAAAGAAUCAACAUGCAAUCUAAGAAUUAUAUAAAGAAAAAGCUAAAAACAAAUUUAGAAAAGAAUUUAAAUUACUUUAGAAUUCUAAAAAAAAUACAACUCAUGUAAAUAUAAAAGAAGAUAUUGAAGAAUUAAGUCUCUUAAAAAUAAAAUAAAAAAGCUAUAUAAAUAAACAUACUUGGUUAUAUAGUAGAAAGGUUUUAUUAUUAAAAAUAAAAGGAGUUUGGUUUAGUUAAUAUAGAAGAUAAUGUUAAAAAGAACCUUCUUUAAAAAUUGCUUUAGAUUAUCUCUCUAAAGCAAAACUUAUAGAAAAAAUAAAAGGGGAAACAGAUUUAAAAGAUAAACUUUCAAAAUCUUUAGGAGAUCCAUAAAAGAUUUAAUAUCUAGGACUAGAUACUUUAAUUAAAGGAUAUCUAUCAUUAUAAUAUAAGUAUUUUAUUUUAAUAUUCAAAGUAUGAAAGAUAAAUAUGAAAUACCCCUUUCAACUAGACAAUUCAAUAUUAUAGACUAUUACAUUAAUAAAAAGAAAUCUGAUGUUUUUACAUUUAUUGUGGAUAGUUUUAGGGAUACAUUUAUAUUUGAUCAUUAAUACUAAAAGUUAUAAUAAUUUUCUAUGUAAUAUUUUGAAGAAGAAUUGUUUCCAAUAGAACAUUUUAAGUUGAUACGAUAAUUAAAUAAUACAACUUGGAUUAGUAAAGAUAAGUUGGGUAAAAAAUUUUUAAUUUAAUUCUUAUAAAUAAGACAUGAAUAAUAAUUUAAAUAUUAAAGGGAUGAUUAUGAGAGUUAUGGUGUAAUUUACUUAAAUGGAGAAUUAAAUAUUCGAUUAAGUAAUUUAGUUGAUUAAGUUGAUGAUUUCUAUAUAAAAGGAUAUUGUGUUAUAAAAUAUAAUAUAUAUUCUUAGAUAACUUUAAAAUAAGUAAUUAAAUAUAGAUAAGUUCAUGGUAUUUAAUAUAAAUUAGAUGAGAUAUAUGAAUUUUUACAUGCUUGUUUAAGAAUUAUUAAACAUUAGAAAUGUGGAGAUAUAAACUUAAGUAGUUUUAUUUUACAUCAAAGAACAUAUAUAUUAUUCAGAUCUAAUCAUAAUGAUGACGAUGACUUAAUUAAUUUGGCAUAGGUUAUAAUUGAAAUGAUUUUAUUAAAACCAAUGCCUGAUGCUAUAACUGGAUUUCAAAAAAUCAACAUAUCUCAUCCUUUAAAAUUAAUACUUUAAUAAAUGAUAUAUGAAGAUGUAUAAAUAGAUGAUUUACUCAAUAGAAUACCUCUAACAUCUGGUUUUGCUGAAAUUGAUAUUGAGGAUGAGAUAAAGAUUAAAGAGAAAAAUAAAACGGAUGAUUUUAAAGAUUUUUUAACUCUCUCAAUACAUUAAAUUAAUUUAAAUUUUAGAAUGAAAUAAUUUAAGGAUGCUUUAGAAGAAAUAAAAAUAAUAGAAUAAUAAUUGAGUUAUAAUUAGUUUACAUCUGCUACUUCAAUUGAAUAAGGUUUUUAUCAUUAUUUUGUUACACAUUAAUACAAAAUUUUGACUAGUCAUUCUGAUAUAUCUUUCACUUUUAAUGUUUUAUUAAUAAUUUAUAUCAAAUUUGGAACUUUAUUAUAAAUGAAAUUCAAUUUCAUAUAAGAUCUGGAAAUGCUCUAUCAUGCAUUGACUAGAUCAGUUGAAAGUUUAGAUGAUUUAAUAAAAUAAUUAUCACUUAAUGUAAAAUUAGAAUAGUUAACUAAUACAGAAUAGAAAAUUAUGUUAAGAAGAAAAUUAACAAGAUCUAAUUCUUAAAUAGAUUUAUAAUCAAAAGACAGAUUAAAAUUAAUUUAAGACAUUAGAAAAAAUCCUACUCAUAUAAAAAUAAUUAUUAAAGUAAAAAAAGAAUUAUAACGCUAUUGUUUAUAAUUUUAAGCUUUACAUUCAUUAUAUCUUUAUUUUAAUUAGGAUUUUGGUUAUUCAGCUUAAAUAUUAGAGGAUAUUUAAAAUACUUAAACAAGGAUAAUUUAAUCUUAAACAAAAAUAAUACAAGUUAUUGAAGAACCAGAUGAUCUUACACCAAAUUAAUUUAAUUUUAAUUAAUAAUCUCCCACUUUAGAUGCAACAUUAAAAAUUGCUUAAUAAGAGAACUUUGAAAUCUAAAAAGAAUUUGAUGAUUCUCCUAAUUACUGUUUGCAAUUAUUAUAUUAUAAAUAUUUACAAUUAAUAGUAUGGUUUGAUGGAGGAAAAGAAACAUUUCAUAAUAAUUAUAUAGACUUUUUAUAAGAAAAAAUUAAUUCACCAGUGUAUGAAUAUUUCUCUGCUUAAUUAAAAAUCAUUUAGAGAUAUGAAAUACCUAAAGAUUAUAUAACAUUUAAUAAAGAGUGUGAAAUUGGAAAAUACAUUGUUAUAAGUAUGAAUAAAUGGAUAGAAUAAUCAUUUUUUAUUCCAUCAAAACUUGAAAUAUUUGAUAAUUUCUAAUUAAUGUGGAAAUAAUUAAUAUCUUAUAGUGUUUUAGAAUAAUCAUUAGAAAAUAGAUAAAUAUUGGUUAGGUUAUUAAACUAAAAAGAGUAAACUUUACCAUAUCUUUUAUUAGAAUUAAGAACCAUUCAUUAAUUACUUCAUAUAGAUAAUUAUGUGCCACUUCAUAAAUAAUUAGAUCCUAAAUAAAUUAUUAUUAAGAAUCUUAAUAGCGAAUUUGUAAAUAAUAGUUUGAUAAAAAGAUUACAACAUCUCCAUAAUGAAGUCUCAAUUGAAUCAGAUUCUUGGUUUCAUUCUAAAGGAUUAUUAUAAUUUAGAUUGUUUUAUAUUUUAUCUCUAUUUUUUACUUUUUCGAAAAAACACUUUGAAAAUAUAAUGGCAGAAGAUUCAAAUUUAUUAUUGUUAGGGGAAAUGGCUUUAAAAUAAGCAUCUUGUUAAUCUGAAACAGAUGCUAAAAAAGUUAAAGUUUCAUAGAUUAGAAUGAAAGCUUUUGAUAUUAAGGAACUCAAAUCUGAUCCAAAACCAAACCAAGUUAAUAAAAUUUUAAGCUCUUAUUUUUUUGUAAGGAACUUUGUUGAAACAGAAUAAAAUGAAGAAGAUGAAUUAAAAUUUUUAAUAGAUAAAUAUAAUGAAUAAUUAAAACCAUCUAUAAUUGUCUUAGCAAUUAUUUAAUAUUAUAUCGCUCUCGAUCGUAAGGAUUUAGCAGAAAUCAUAAUUUUAUAAACUUAUAAAUUAAUAGAAUAUAACGUUUGUCUUUUUGAUUAUGCUCAUCCUUCCUUUAAGGAUGAUUUAUUAUUAAUGUAAAUAAAAGUAAACGAAGAAAAAUUGUUUCAUUUAGAACCUUUUGAUAGACUAUUUAAAAGAAAAAAUGAUUUUAGAAAUCUCACUUCAGAUAAUUUAUUAAAUUUAUAAUAUGUAAUUUACAAUUAGUUCUUUCAUCUAGAUAUUUAAUUUAAUAUCGAUAUGUUAGAAGAUUAAUUUAAGAAUUUUAAAUUGUUACCUUCUUAUUAUGAUAAAUUAAAAAGCAUUUAUUAAUUAUAUCUUUUAUAUUUACAUACAACUUAAGGAAAUAUUAAUUUAGAAGAAAUUGAAAAGUAAUUAUUAAUCUUUAUUUUAAGAUUUAUUAAAAUAGAAUUUAAACAGAAUACUGCUUAUUCAGCGAUUAUUAAAAAUAUUUUAGUUAGAUUUUAUAUCAAUAUGCAAGAUUAUGAAUUAGCUUUACCUCUUAUUUUAAAUAUUUUAGAUUAUUUGUAUUCUAUAAAAAUUUAAUCUAAUUUUGUAUUAAAGUAAACCAAUUAAUCAAGUUAUGUAAGACUAGAUUUUAAUAAUCAUAGGUUAUUGAAAAUAAUGUGAAUUUUUUAUCAUCAAUUGUAGAUGUUAAAUUAAUUGAAAUCCAUUCUGAAGAAACAGAUGAUCAAUAUUUUUACCUUAUUGAUACUUAAUUCAUCCAAGAAAAUUUAAUUUAUUACAUAGAUAUUAUUACUAAUCUUUAAAAUGAAAAUUAAAAAUAUCCAAAAAUAAAUGAAAUAUUUAAGCUUUUAUUUGAUAUAUCAGAAACUACAACAUUAAACAAUCUCUUUAAAGUUUUAUCAUAAUUAUACUUAUGUUAUUCAAAAUCAGAAUAUUUUCCUUUGAUUUUAAAUUAAGUUUAUAAAAAUUCAGAAAGAUAAGUAAUUUUUAAAUAUUAUAAUUUAGCUAUAUACAUAUGUAAAUUAAAGGAAUAGUUUAAAAGAAAAAAUGAGUUAAUUAAUAAUUAUAAAUGAACUAAGUGAAGAUGAAAACACUAAAAUGACUUAAUAAAUUAAUGUUUUAAAUUAUGUUAUUGGCAUAUACGAAAGUACAACUAAAGGCAUAACUUAAACAACUUUAUUAAGUUGGAGCAUAUAAUCUGCUGAAAAAGCCAUGAUUGGAUAUAAAAUUUUAGGCAAAAAUUAUUAAUCUACAUGUCACUACUUAUUUCCAUAACUUUUUUUAUAACUAUCUGAUUGUUUUGUAAGAUUAGGUUAAAUUUCUACAGCAUUGAUUCUUAUUGAUUAAGCAGAAGAGGAAUUGUUAGAAUGGUUUAAUUAAAAUAAACAUCCUCUAAAAGGUUUUUUUUUUAUGAAAUAAGCCCUUUUAAGACCUCUUUUGACUGAUUUAUUUAAAAAAUACACAGCAUUGUUAAUGGAAUUGGAAUACAUUAAUCGCUUAGAAAUCUAUGAAAUUAUUCGAGCUCUAUUUUAAUUUAAUAAAAAAAUAUUACAACUUUUUGAAAAUAGCUUAGAUAGUUAAUAAUUAGAACUAAAUUUAUUAUAAUAUGUUAAAACUUUAGAUUAAACUGAAAAAAUUACUGUUGAUAUAUUCGAAAUGUAUCAAGGAAAUGAGCCAACUUAAUUAAUGAAAUAAGUUUUAAAAAUAUCACCAUAUGAUAUGACUGGGGUAAAUAUUUUAAUUGAUGUAAAUAUCUAUUUUAUAAUAAUAGGCCUAAUCAAUUUUUUAGUUAUUUAAUUAAAAUAAUCAAUUUACUAAAUUAGUCUUAACAAAAAUUGAAGAGUUCCUUUGA